AUGUGCGUGGUUACGAUAGUAACUGAGAAGAGGCCUAGAGGAGAUACAGGCGACGCUAAAAACACAGUACACAAGGAACCGGCGACUCCGACCGACCUGUGCGCAGGCUCUUGUCUUGGCUGCUUUUACUCAGAGGACAUUCUGCCGGGCCCCAUAAAGAAGAGGCGCUGCACCGACAUCCUCUUCCUCCUGAUCUUCAUAGCCGGAAUAGCAGCUUCAGUAUUUAUCACCAUCGUCGCGUUUCACAAAGGGGAUCCUGCGCGGCUGCUGACGGGGCGGGACUUUGACGGAGCUUUCUGCGGGAUGAGCGACUUCAAGACGCCCAAGCACCCGAUGGUCGGGUAUACACUCAACAUCAACCGGGUGCUCGGCUCGACGAGCUCCAGCGAGUUUAUGGACAUGCCUUACUCAGAGCUCCGGAAGAUGACGAUAUUCAGUAACCCGAAAGAGAUCAUGGCCUAUAUGCAGCCAAUCUGUGUCACGUCCUGCUUCACGGACCAAGACAUCGCAUCGCUCUCUGCGGGGAAGCCGCAAAGGACUCUCAAAUUCGCGUACAAAGGCAAGCUGCUGGGGAAAUUCUGCGUCCCGGCCAUUGCAGGACUCAACCACAGUUAUCUCCCCUUCAGCGACUACGUGCCGGAGCGCCUGCUGCUCGGCUGGCAGCAAACUGUGGAAGACCUUCGAGUCUCGUGGCCUGCCAUUGCGGUCUGCGCCCUCGUGGCCUGCGCCAUGGGAAUUUUGUGGCUCGUGGCGGUGCGGCUGCUGGGCGGCGCGAUCGUCUACGUCGCCAUUACGCUCUUUCUCGGCGCCUUCUUCACCGCGGGCGGCGUCGGCAUGUGGUUCGUCUACGCGCAGGCAGUCCCCGCGGAGUCCGUCCGCCCCGGCCAGGAGCCCAACGGGACAGUCGUCGCGUCAGUGUGGAUUGAGGCCACGCGCUACGCGAGCUAUGUCGUCUUAGGCCUCGGGAGUCUGUUUGCCAUUCUCCUGGUAUUUCUUUCAAAGCGGAUUCAUGAGGCCGUCGCUGUUUCGAAGGUGGCUGCGAUGUUCAUUUACCACAAGCCGACGGCCGUCGCAGUUCCGCUCAUCACGAUCGCUCUCCAGGCCGCUUAUUUCUGCUUCGCCGUGUAUACCGCCGCCUGUCUGGUGACCGCGGUCGACGUUUACCCCGAUAGUCUGAACGCGAUUCUCGGCGGAUCGCAGCCCUCGCCCUCGCUGGCACACCGCGCCAACCAGUCUCUGCUCUCUCUCAUGCAUCCCCCUAGUCAGGGGCCUUCGCUGCUCUCGGCGCCGCCGGCUCCAGAGGCCGCUGGGCCGCCUCAGCCCAGGCCUCCAGCCUUUCUCUCUCGUGCGCCUACCGGGGAAGCCCACAGCGACUCGUCCUCUCCGCAUCCGAGUCGCUUAAGAUCUUCGCCACGUCUCUCUGUCGCGACCCGCAGAGCCCUGCAGCCGACUGCACAGAGCUUGGUGAGGGGGGACGCGGGGGAUGCCGCACCUCGGCAACAGCGCAGACGAGCGGCGUUCGCUGGCGCGGAUGCCCCUGCUGCGGGCCUGUACCGCGCCGCAGGAGGCGAGCCGAUGCGCUCGCCUUCAUCUGUACCCGCUAGAGCCUCGUCUGCGCCUUCUCUGCCUGAGCCUACGCAUCCAGGCGCAGCUUCUGAAAGUUCUCUACAGGACGAGCCAGGACGAAACUCCAGGGCGGCAGCCGCCCUCCUCGGGUCUCUUUUCGAGACGCAGGAGAAGACCUCGGCGCGCGAGGCGCGGCUCGCGUGGCCGUCGCGACUGGAAACGUCUAUGGCAGACAGAGCUCGAGCUCGGAGUAAAGCCGCUCAAGCGACCGCGGUCGCGCCUUCGUGGGACGCUGCCGCGGGCCUGGCCACGGGGGGAGAAACCGCCCGCAAGCCCAGGGGAUCCGUGCCGCCUCGAGGACUGGCCCAGUCCGGAGACCUGCCGCGCCGCAUUAGGAGAGGCAGCCACCCCCCGACGCCCUUUCCCGACCCAGUGCUCCUCCGGCUGCAACACGAGCUCGUAGAUCGCGAGCCCUCGGUCGACGCCGAGCUCGCCGUCUUGGGCGACCUGGGUGCCUACGCGCCUCGGCACGCAGUCCCGCCCUUCAGCGAGGAAGACGAGGCGUUCGUCGAGCAGAAGACAAACCUCGACGCUGCACCAGACUUCUGGGCCAGCGCCUCGCUGCGCGACUCUUUGAUGGAUCCCACGAAGCCCUCCAUCAUGGAGGUCGCCUCGCUCUACUACUCGAGCAACGCGGCCGUGGCCGACAGCCAGGGGUGGAUUAUCGAAGCAACAAAGAGAGUUCAAAUGAGCGAAGCAGUCAUCAACCUUCUCUGGUGCGUCUGGGGACACGCUGCGGUCUUCGCGCGUUUAUGGCGACCCCGAUGCCCUGGAACUUCCUGUCGUAGCUUUGGCUGGUACCACAUCUUUAUGUUUCUGUGCGUAUACUGCUUCCUCCUCGCAUGCAACCAAAUUGUGCUUGCCGGCGCGAUCGGUCGGUGGUAUUUUACACCAGAAGACAGAACCGGCAAGAAGAAGUGUCGCGGCGUCGUCUGCCGGUCUCUCGGCGUCGCAGUAAAGUUUCACCUCGGCUCUUUGGCCUUCGGGUCGUUCCUCCUCGCACUUAUAAAACUCAUCAAGUGUUUUCUUCGCUUCCUGAAGAAGCAGCAUUAUGCAAUUCAUGGCGGAGGUGCCACGAAGGCGUGUGCGCACUGCCUACCAUGCGGACUUGGAAAGUGCUGUGCGGCGAUCAGCGCAUGCAACUCCGUGUGGGCUGCACUCAUCGGCAUUCUGGGUUACCUCGUGAAGUGCUUUGAAAGAUGCAUCGAGUUCCUCGACCGGCAAGCAUACAUUCAGAUUGCGUUGACGGGGAAGAACUUUUGCCGCUCUGCGAGACUCGCCUUCAAAAACUUUUCGCAGAACCCCGUGCGCAUCGGGCUCGCGCUUUUUCUUGGAAAAGCGCUGUGCUUUCUGGGGACAAUGGUGGUCGCUGCAGCGUCGACAGCCGUCGCCUUCUUCAUCACGAAGCUUGCCUACGGCGAGCACCUCUCCUCGUUGACGUACACGACUUUCUGCUGCGGAGUUUGCAAUUUGGCCGUCGCGUGGAUCUUCCAAGAAGUCUACCGCAUGGCCAUUUCCACUACGAUUCACUGCUACAUCGCCGACCUCCACCUGAGCUCUAAAACUGGGCAGCCGCCUGUCUUCACGCCGGAGCCCCUGCGCAAUUUCUUGCAUCGCGGCGAAGACGACUGA